UUUUCCUGGGCAUCUCAUACGUUCAGAUAAAACUUUUGGUUCCAUUUUUUUUUGAGGGACUUCUUGGUUCCUUUUUCCAGAUUCUUGAUAGUUUAUCCAAAAAAGUGUUUCUUGAUUUUCCUAACUAUCAUAGUGUUACAUGGAUAAUUUUUUUAUACUUUCCCAGGAUUUCCAUUUUUACUCGUCCUCGCUUUUUUAACAAGUCCAUUUCGUCAAACAAACGCACGGACAUACAUGUUCACGUUUCAUGUUUCGUGUGUCCACUGUCCAAGAUAUUCUCCUGUCCAAUAGUUGCUCUUCCAAAUACUUGAAUAGUUUAUCUCCAGAUUUAAAACAGCAAAAAUUGGGAAAAUGCUGCUUCCUUGUACUUCAGUUAUCUAAACGUUUUCCAAAGCCACGGUUUACAUCAGUGAGAUUUAUUGAUGGGAUGCUUGGAAUCUAAUAGAAUUUUCUGUACUCUUUUGUCUGUUGAAGGUGAUGCUGAGGCUCAAAAUGGCGAAAGGUUCCUUACUGGCUUUUGGGAUCGCAUUGUUCUGCUUCUGUGCAGCCAUGAAAGCAGAAGCAGAGUACUUACCUUAUAAGGAUCCCAAACAGCCCAUAAAUACUAGAAUUAAGGAUUUAUUGAGCAGGAUGACCUUAGAGGAGAAAAUUGGCCAAAUGGUACAGAUAGAUCGUAGUGUCGCCUCCGGAGAGAUCAUGAAAAAGUACUACAUCGGGAGUGUACUGAGCGGCGGAGGGAGUGUUCCAGCUAAGCAGGCUUCGCCGGAGACAUGGGUGGACAUGGUAAACGAUUUCCAAAAGGGUUCAUUGUCUACGCGUCUUGGGAUACCAAUGAUUUAUGGGAUUGACGCUGUUCAUGGCCACAACACCGUCUACAAGGCUACCGUUUUUCCUCAUAAUAUUGGUCUUGGGGCCACCAGGGACCCUGCACUAGUGAAGAAGAUUGGAGCUGCAACUGCCCUUGAAGUGAGAGCUACAGGCAUUCAAUAUGCUUUUGCACCUUGCAUUGCGGUCUGCAGAGAUCCCAGAUGGGGCCGGUGUUAUGAAAGCUACAGUGAAGAUCCCAAAAUUGUGAGAGCAAUGACUGAGAUUAUCCCGGGAUUACAAGGAGAAAUCCCUUCCAAUGGCCGCUUAGGGGUUCCUUAUCUUGCUGGCCAAAAGAACAUUGCUGCAUGUGCUAAGCACUUUGUUGGUGAUGGAGGAACGACUGAAGGCAUCAAUGAGAAUAAUACAGUGAUCAGCAGGCAUGGUUUGCUUAGCAUCCAUAUGACCGGCUAUUAUAAUGCAAUUAUCAAGGGUGUAUCGACUGUCAUGAUCUCCUAUUCAAGCUGGAAUGGAAUAAAGAUGCAUGCUAAUCGUGAAAUGAUCACUGGUUUUCUUAAGAACACACUCAGAUUUCGGGGAUUUGUCAUCUCAGAUUGGCAAGGCAUUGACAGGAUUACCUCUCCUCCUCAUGCAAAUUACACGUACUCAAUUGUCGCUGGUGUCAACGCCGGAAUUGACAUGAUGAUGAUUCCAUACAACUAUACAGAAUUCAUUGAUGGUCUAACCUUCCUGGUUAAGAACAAUUUUGUUCCAAUGAGCCGAAUUGAUGAUGCAGUGAAGAGGAUUUUGAGGGUGAAGUUCACGAUGGGCAUCUUUGAGCACCCAUUGGCCGACUAUAGCAUGACCAAAUACGUUGGGUUGCAGGAGCACAGAGACCUGGCAAGAGAAGCAGUGAGGAAAUCUCUUGUGCUGUUGAAGAAUGGCGAAUCCGCAGCCAAGCCAUUGCUACCCCUCCCCAAGAAAGCGAAACGCAUUCUAGUUGCAGGAACCCACGCUGAUAAUAUUGGUAACCAAUGUGGUGGGUGGACAAUUGAGUGGCAAGGCCUCAGCGGCAACAUCACAAAAGGUACCACAAUCCUGACUGGUAUAAGAAAUGCAGUUGAUCCAACAACAGAAGUUGUGUACAGCGAAAAACCUGAUGCAGAAUUCGUCAAGUCCAACAAGUUCUCCUAUGCGGUUGUUGUGGUGGGAGAGCCACCAUAUGCUGAAACAGUCGGGGACAGCUUAAACUUGACGAUUCCUGAACCAGGCCCUAGUACCAUUACUAACGUUUGUGGGUCUGUGAGAUGCGUUGUAGUUCUGAUCACCGGCCGGCCUGUCGUCAUUCAGCCAUACGUGAAUCGAAUUGAUGCACUUGUAGCUGCUUGGCUUCCAGGAACUGAGGGCCAAGGGGUUGCUGAUGUUUUAUUUGGUGACUAUGGUUUCACGGGCAAGCUUCCUCAUACAUGGUUCAAGACGGUUGAUCAACUGCCCAUGAACGUCGGGGACAGACAUUAUGACCCGUUGUACCCAUUUGGAUAUGGCCUGAACACAGAAGCCAAGAAGGGCAACUGAAAUCCUGAGUGAGAAAAUUUUCUGAUUCAAACAUAUUUUUGGUGGAAAAAAAGAAAUAACAGGCUACUAGUUGAUGAAAUUGGUGCCAGUGAUGUGAAGUGUAUUUUCAUUCUAGUAUAGUUUUACUAAUUUGCUUUUAAGGUGGAAAGCUUUUUUAGCUAAGCAUCAUCCAUCCAAUGCCCAAGCUUUAAAACCUGUAGUGCUGAAUCAGAUAUAAAUCAGAGAAACCAUUGUGGAAGA